CCGCAGGCGUGGCGGAGCGCGGGCCCAGCGGACCCCGGGCUGCGGGGCUGCGAGGACCGGGAAUCAGCGUCUCUCCCUUUGAUGUUGGCGGGUUGUGGGAGCGGAGAGCUGGGGCGGGAGUCCCCCGCACGGCUGGGACCGUAGCGGAGGUUGCCGAGGUCCGAACCCGGCAUCUGCUUUGGGAAAGGCACACACGCCCAGGCCCCAGCUCCGUUUCAGCGAGCCGCCCCGGGGCGUGGGUUCCAGAGCGUCCAUCCUCCCGCUCUCCUAACGGGGCUGGGACCGCCGUCCUUCCGGGCGACCGUGGCCCGGAGGUCGCAGGUUCUCGGGCUGGAGCCCAAAGGGCCAUUUCGACUUCCGGAGGCCGAAAGGUCUGGAUUCCUGGGCCGUGCCCGCCCCCGCGGGGUGCAGGGCGCUCCUAAGGGGAAGGGCUCUUUCUCCGGGCGCUAAACUAGUUUUGCAAGUUGCCCCUCGGAGGCGGCUGCGCUCAGGGCCGCCCUGGCUUCCUUCUGGGAGCCCCCGCCGCCGCCGGAGCCCUGAGCGGGGCGGGGAGGGGAGGGGCCGGGCGCCCCCGCCUCUGAGCGCACUCUGCGCGGCCGCGGCCUUCCAGGCGCGCUUCCGCGCUUUCCCUUCCCCUCCCGCGACCUGUGUCCCGCUUCCGCCGCCCGGUGUCCUGGGCAGGGAGGCGCAGGCCCCGGAACAGCUAGAAGCCAUGUUUCCCCCUCCUUCCCAAGUGGAUGUCUCAGAGGAGUUCCCUGCCGAGUCCCGUUACCUGGCAGGUACUGUCCAAGAAGCUGGAACAUUAUUAGCCAACAAGAAUGUUCGUGUCAACUGUUUGGAUGAGAAUGGAAUGACUCCUUUAAUGCAUGCUGCAUAUAAAGGAAAACUUGAUAUGUGCAAAUUACUUUUGCGACAUGGAGCUGACGUAAAUUGUCAUCAACAUGAACAUGGAUACACAGCCCUCAUGUUUGCAGCACUUUCUGGUAAUAAAGACAUCACGUGGGCAAUGUUGGAAGCUGGUGCCGAGACGGAUGUUGUCAACUCGGUAGGAAGGACAGCAGCUCAGAUGGCAGCCUUUGUGGGUCAACAUGAUUGUGUAACUGUAAUCAACAAUUUCUUUCCUCGAGAGAGACUGGAUUAUUACACUAAACCCCAGGGACUGGAUAAAGAGCCAAAACUGCCCCCAAAGUUGGCAGGCCCACUGCACAAAGUUAUCACCACAACAAAUCUUCAUCCUGUCAAGAUCGUGAUGCUUAUAAAUGAGAAUCCUCUGCUGGCAGAAGAAGCAGCUCUGAACAAGUGCUACAAGGUGAUGGAUUUGAUUUGUGAGAAAUGUAUGAAGCAAAGUGACAUGAAUGAAGUAUUGGCUAUGAAAAUGCAUUACAUCAGCUGCAUCUUUCAGAAAUGUAUUAACUUCUUAAAAGAUGGAGAGAAUAAAUUGGAUACUCUGAUCAAAAGCUUAUUAAAAGGCCGACCUUCGGAUGGCUUUCCGAUAUAUCAAGAAAAGAUCAUUAGAGAAAGUAUCAGAAAAUUUCCUUACUGUGAAGCUACACUCCUCCAGCAGCUGGUGCGAAGCAUCGCUCCCGUUGAAAUUGGUUCUGAUCCCACUGCAUUCUCUGUACUUACUCAAGCCAUCACUGGUCAGGUGGGUUUUGUGGAUGUUGAGUUUUGUACCACCUGUGGAGAAAAGGGAGCGAGUAAAAGAUGCUCAGUAUGCAAAAUGGUAAUAUAUUGCGACCAAACCUGCCAGAAAACACACUGGUUUGCACAUAAGAAAAUCUGUAAGAAUCUCAAGGAUAUUUAUGAGAAACAACAAUUGGAGGCUGCCAAAGAAAAGAGUGAAGAGGAGAACACAGAUAGCAAACUCGAUGUCGAUUCGAAUGGUGUUACUGAAGAGCAGCCAGAGGCUGGACUGGCAGUGCCCCAGGAGGACUGCGAUGCUAAGGGUCCUGAGGAAGGGGAGAAGGCCUCUCUGCAGUGUGAUGCUGGCUUGGAAUGCUCACAGGAGGCUACUGCAGGUCCACUGGCAUCUGAGGAGUAAAAGCCAGAGCACAUGCCAGCACAGACAGUCCUCACCCUGCAGGGGCUGGAGAACUUGUGGGAUUGUCCCCAUUGCCUGUGACAGCGCACAGCACCAUGGCAGCAUUUCCUAGAAUAGAUAGAUGCUUGCCAGCAAAGCUGUGUCUACCCUGCCCUAAUUUCCCCUGAUUUCUGUUCCAUAAUUUGACAGAUAUUCCUAUGGAAAAAAAUUAAUUUUCAAAAUACAGGAGAAACAUUUUACUUCCUUUCGGAGCCCAGCUUUCCAGCAGUUGUUCUCAAAGGGAAGAAAAUCUCCUUAAAGAAGAAAUAGAGGCUCCAGGAAACAAAGGGUGAAGUCAGACAGGUGUAGGAGAGAGGAAGUUUUUAAGAAAAAAAUGUUAUAGCGACAAAGAUGGAUAGUUAAAAAAAAAAACUUGUGUGUAAAUAAAAUGCAUAUAAAUAGCAUUUACAAUAGUGAAGUUCUAUGUAGUAGGAUAUAAGGAAAUGAAGAAAGGCUGUGUGUUUAAAGAUCUCUGCCAGAGUCCAGCUAAUUAUAAUUUUCUAUAGAAUUAUCCUGAGCAGUCUGAACUGUAUGUACUUCCUGCAGUGAUGUUUUAUCUACAUACAGUGUCUGUACCUUCAGAAAUACCAGGUUCCUAGGAGGCACUAAGGCAUCACCAGAGUUAUCUCAGCUCGUGUAGUAAAAGACAUUUUUUACUCAAUAAUGGCUAAACGUAGUUUCCACAAUUGUAAAACUAACUCAUGUGCCAUAUUCCACUUGAAAGGUUGACUUUUAUCUCCCUGCAAGCUUUUCAUGUGGCCCUUCCUAUCCAGAAACUGACGUAUAAUUGUUCUUUAUAGAAUGUUCCGGCAUCAGUUUUUAGAGUGCAGUAUUUAAACAUAGUUAGAGUGCGAUGGCUGAAGACAGCGCUGUGUUACACAGUUUCUUGUGUUGAUUGUAAAAUAAAUUGUGCCUAUUAAUAUAACCAACU